GAACGCACGCACGGCAACAGAAAGGAGAGAACCUUCGCGAGCUAUCGCUCCGUGUCGCGCCGCCCGCCUCCCGUCCGGCUCCCCUCCCCCUCCCCCGCCGUCGCCGUCGCCGUCGCGCUCGUCCUGGCGAGAUUCCGCACGAGCCCAACUGCCAGCCACUCGCUGUCCUGCACUAUCCCGUUCCACUACAAGUUCGCCCGCCGUCUCUUCUUGCACAGCUGAGCCACUUGCAUCCUCGGGCUCAGAUCUCUCAUCCAAGAGUCCCCCCGGCGGCGCCCCUCCUCCGCCCCCGGACCGUCAUCCCGCAGGUUUGAGAUCGGUGCAUUGCUUGGUUGACCCCUACUUGUGGAAAUGCUUGAUUCACUUAUUAGCCAUGACCCAAAGGUGUUGACUGAGAAGAAGCCUGAUGAGAUAAUUGCGAGUGGUGUUGUUGAAAGUCUGCAGAAUUUUCUGCGCAAGUGCAUCAUAGCUGUCCUCUCAUAUGGCCCAAUGCCUAAGCACAUCGCGUUUAUCAUGGACGGGAACCGCAGAUACGCCAAGUCCAGAAGUAUCAAGCAAGGCACCGGUCACAGCGUGGGCUUCGCUGCUCUAAUGGCAAGUCUUAUCUACUGUUACGAGAUGGGUGUCAAGUACAUCACGGUGUAUGCAUUCAGCAUCGACAAUUUCAAACGCGACCCUAGUGAAGUCAAGACCUUGAUGGAAUUAAUGGAGGAAAAGAUCAACGAGCUGUUGGAAAACAAGAACGUCAUCAACAAGGUUAACUGCAAGAUCAACUUCUGGGGGAUCCUGGACAUGCUUCCUGAACCAGUGCGGCUGGCGGCCCAAAAGCUGAUGGCGAGCACCGCCGAGAACACAGGACUGGUCUUCUCCGUCUGCAUGCCGUACAACUCAACCUCAGAGAUCGCCAACGCCGUCACCGAGCUCUGCAAAGAACGGAGGGAUAUGAUGCAGGGGCAGCAGGCCAGCGGCCGCAACGGCCGCCCUGCAAAUGGCGGCGCAUGUUCGGAUAUCUCGGUGUCCGACCUGGAUCGCCACAUGUACACCGCCGGCUGCCCAGACCCGGACAUUGUGAUCCGGACCUCGGGCGAGACCCGGCUGAGCAACUUCCUCCUGUGGCAGACGACGUUUAGCCAUCUGCAGAACCCAGACCCCCUCUGGCCUGAGUUCUCCUGGAGGCACCUCGUCUGGGCGAUACUGCAGUACCAGAGAGCCUACCCGUACAUUGAGCAGAACAAAGAUCUGGCUAAGAAGCAGCUGUGAGUGAGGGAUCUCAUCUCCUUCGGAAGGAGAUAUAUGCAGAUGUUAAUCAAGAAGAUACAAUAAUAACAGAACAGGCCUGGCAUUGAAGCGUCAGUCUGUGAAUAAGGGAUCUGAUCUCCUUUGGGAGGGGAUAAGCAGAUGCCAUGAAAAAGAUAGUACAGCAACCUGUUGAAAGUUGGCCUAAUAUUUUUCGUGUAUGAGAAGAGUGUAAUUAUGGAAACCAUGUGUAUUAUGAUGUACUAGUACAAUUCUUCGUUUUUGCUGUUGUGUUAAACGUCAGCAAUAUCUUGCCACCUAGGCUGAACACGGGAGCCAAGUCGAGAAAAUUGUAAAGCUUUUAAUGGUACCUGCCAUGGUGACAAGCUUAUGAUUGUUGCUCCGGUUUGAAUGGCACUGAUGUUGGGGAA